AUGCUCGCCCUACGCGGUCUCCUCAUUUUCGCGGCCUGCCGCGUCGUCGUCGCCGCGACGCCCCCCGCGACGGCCAGGAAGGUCUACGAUCAGCGACAGACCGGCGACACGAACGUGCAAAUCGAGCUGAAAGACGUGCAGGUGAUCGCGCUGCUCAACUCCGAGCUCCUGGAUGAUUACACGGACUACGAUUACUUCUACGAUUACGCAGACUUUACCGUCAAGCCGGGCAACAAGCCCACCACGACGAGUCCCGCGACGACGAGCACGGAGAAGAACGAUAUCACGCAGGUACCCGAGCAGCUGCCGUCGCAAAAUUCGUCCGUCCCGGCGUCUGUCGCUAACACAAGCCCGGCCGCGGCGACGGGCGAUACGACGCUGUCCCAGGGCGAGGGCAUCCCGAGCGCUGAUCCGUCGAACGGCACCGCGAGCGAUACGACGCCGAAUGCGGAUAACGACGACGACGACAAGAGUCAGCCGGGCGAAGAGGAGGACGGAGCCGGGUCAGCUUCCUCGACCACGGUGAAACCCGUGCACGCCCUGCGCUCGCAAAAGCGCUGCAGAUCUGGAUACGUUCCGACCGGCGACGGCCGCUGUCGACGAGCGAGUCGACCGUGGCUGCUGAGUCGCCUGUUGCCGUGA